UUCAACCUGCCAACCCUGGAGAAGAAUUGGCCUAACAAAGAAAGCCUCUCCAGGUCCCAGACUUCUGGAGGCUGGAAGAAGAGGCUCAGAGGGCUCUGUGGUUCCUCUCUGCCCCUCCCCAAGGCUCCUCAUGACACAACCCCAGCCAGCCUGGCCCCGGGCAGCAGGAUGAGAGGGCUCCGAUGGCGGUACACCCAGCUGCCCAGCCAACCUGAAGACCCAUUGCCAGGAGAGGCCGAGGAUGAGGCUGUGACCCCAGCCAUGCCAACUGCCCAGGGCCCAGGCACGGAAGAGGCUUGGGUGCCCACCCUGGGAGAAAGCAAAGUCCUUCAAGCAGAGGAAUUCAGGCAGCUCAUCCCACACUUUCCCUGUCGGUUCACCGGCCACUCCUGGACCCUGGUUUACUGCACUGCAAGAGACGGUUUCAGCCUGAAGAGCCUGUAUCGGAGGAUGGAGGGCCAGAGUUCCCCCGUGCUACUGGCCCUCAGGGAUAGAGAUGGCCAGAUAUUUGGUGCCUUCUCCUCGACCGCCAUCCGGGUCAGCAGCUGUUUUUAUGGCACUGGAGAAACCUUCCUCUUCUCCUUCUCCCCAGAGCUGAAGGUAUUUAAGUGGACAGGAAAUAAUUCUUUCUUCGUGAAAGGAGACCUAGACUUGCUGGCAAUGGGCAGUGGCAGUGGCCAGUUUGGGCUGUGGUUGGAUGGGGACCUGAACCAUGGGGGCAGCCGCCCCUGUGCAACCUUCAACAAUGAAGUUCUGGCUAGCCGAGAAGAAUUCUUCAUACAAGAUCUGGAGGCCUGGCUGUUGAGCUGAUGUGCCCAGACCGCCAAAGCCUGCUCUGACCUUUUCACUGGGGCCUUGCUUACUAUGUCCCUCCCCAGGGUAACAGUAAAGCAUAAGGGGGCAAGUUUAAGUUGCUGGCCAGUUUCUUGGUUAACUAUAUCAACUGCAGUCCCCCACCUAUCAAAAGGCUUGUAUAUCUUGGGCAAGAAUUUUGGGGAUGGACACUAUCUUAGAAAUAUCUUCUGACUGCAAAUGAUUUUGCUUUGAAUAAACCUGGA